AUGACUAUCAGUACAACCGCAUUUGAGCAACUCAAGUCUGCCUUCCCAUCGAAGGUAGUGACUCCAGAUGCUGCGUCUGAGUACGAGACAGCACUGGCACGCCCCUGGUCCCAAACAUGUUGGACGCCUGCGGCUGCCUAUGUUUUUCUGAGCAACACUCAAGAGCUCGGCGAGGCUCUCGCUAUUGUCAAAAGGACCGGAUCCAAGUUCGUCAUUCGCACCACUGGCCACAAUCCCAACGCUGGAUUCAGUAGCGCAGACCAGACUGCCAUUGUCCUCGACAUCCGUCAACUCCAGUCUAAGGAGCUGACCUCGGAUGGAAUCGCCCGAGUUGGCUCAGGAAAUACCUGGGGCGAAGUGUAUGCCUGGCUUGAGGAGCACAAGCGGUCCGCCAUUGGAGGCCGAGAUCAGCAAGUUGGGCUAGGAGGCUUCCUCCUUGGAGGUGGUAUGGGGGCUUUACCCAAUCUCUAUGGAACUGGAGCAGAUGGCGUCAAAAACUUGGAGAUUUUAUUGGCGGAUGGUAAACUUGUUAACGCGAACGCAAACGAAAAUGCCGAGCUCUACCGCGCUCUGAAGGGUGGUGGCUCUAACUUUGGCAUUGUGACGAGGUUCGAUCUUGAAACCUACCCUCUGAUCAACGUGCAAUACACAAUCAACCUCUACAACCCGGAAGACUACGUCGAAAUCAUCAAGGCCACAAUAGCCGUUCAGGAAGCCAUGGAGAAAGACCCCAAGAUCGGUCUCUUCACCAACUUCAACAACGGCUUUGUCGCCGUGGGCUUGAUCUAUGGAGACACCCCUGCCGAGGGGCCUUCACCUUUCGCACCUUUCGAUAACCUCAAGAGUCUCAUGGUGAAUGCGGUUCCUUCCACGAAUGGCACUUUGUUGUCGCUAGCUCAGGCUAUGGGUCAUGCACAAGAGGCAAAGAAGCGCACCAUCGGUACAGUAACGACUAAGGUUUCCCAGGAACUCUACGAAGAGGUCUACAGUCUCUGGAUGGAGACGUGCAAGUACCUUCCAGCCGGUAGCGUUCUGCAUUAUACGAUACAGCCAGUAGGUAGUGCUGGUGUACAAGUAGGAAGAGAUCGUGGGGACAACGUCAUGGGACUGGAGAGCGUUCCGCAGUGCUGGUGGGUGUUUACUUGCGAAUGGCCGAAGGAUGACAGCGACGAUGCCGCUGCACAGAAGGCAGUAGACACCAUGGUUGAGAGCGUGCAGUCAUUGGCCAAAACAAAAGGAUUGCUGCUUGACUACUUGUGCAUGUCCUUUGCUACGGGCUCCCAAAAGGUGCUACGCAGUUACGGCACCGACAACGUCAAAAGAAUGCAGGAGGCUGCGGCCAAGUAUGACCCUGAGGGCGUCUUCCAAGAGCUGCAGCAUGAUGGCUUCCUCUUACGCAACAACAUCUGA